GUUUACUUCCGGCAGCAGCUUAGGUCCUCAUGGCUGCCCUUCUCCUCCGAGUUGUGCCGAGGUCGCCAGGGCCAGCUGCAUGGGGAAGGCCUCUCCAUGGGCUAUGGUGCUACAGUGGGCAGAAGGUACCCAAGAGGUGGGUGGGGAUCAGGUCACCCACCUCAACAGAGAAGCCACCAGAUAUGGAGACUGAGAAAUUCCAGAUGGUCUACCGUUUUGGUGCCAUUAGAGCUUUGGGGUAUGUGUCUCGGCUAAAGCUAGCACAGACAGCCAUGACAGUGGUGGCUCUGCCACCAGGCCUCUACCUGUACUCACAGGGUGUCAUGACUCUCAACUCACUGUGCCUCCUGAGCGGUGUAGCUGGGUUUGCCUUGGCCAUGCUCUAUUGGAUGAGCUAUUUCUUCCGGAGGCUGGUGGGCAUUCUGUAUGUGAAUGAGUCCGGCACCAUACUGCGGGUGGCCCACCUGACCUUCUGGGGCUGGCGGCAGGACACAUACUGUCCCGUGGCAGAUGUGAUGCCCCUGACAGAGACCCAGGACCGACCCCAGGAUGUGUUCGUUCGCAUCCAGCAGUACAGUGGAAAACAGACCUUCUACCUCACCCUGCGCUAUGGACUCAUUCUAGACAGAAAGCGUUUCUCGCAGGUGUUUGGGACACUGGCUGCACUCAAGUGAACAUCAGGGAGCCAGGCCUCUGGUAGCCCCAGGCUGCCUGGAUCUCUGACAAGACUGAGGGCUCCUGGGGACUCAUCUUGGGAUGAAGAAAUCCACAAGGCAGCCGGGUACUGAUGCUCACAUCUGUAAUCCUAGCUACUCAGGACGCAGAGAUCAGGAGGAUCUUGGUUCAGUGUGGGCAAGUAGUUCUGGAGACCCUAUCUUGAAA